AUGUUACUGGAUAAGAAUGACAGGGCUACUGUCAGCAGUGAGGAUGUCACACAUUUCAAAGACAGCUACAAGAAGAGAAGAAAGAUUCAAAUGGCACGGUUCUUUGGAAUCACCAUUUUUACACUUAUAACAUGCAGAAUGGCCAUGAAAAAAAUGAUAAUAACGAAAGCACCCUUGAAUACAUUUCAACAGAACUACGCUAUCCCACGCAUCAAGGUUCAGACUGCAACGGGCACGCAAAAGAACCUUGCAAGCUCUCUAUUAGUGACCACAGGCAUGACAUUGGGUAUAUUUGGUAUGGGUAUUACAGGAACAUGUUGGAGCUGGGACGUUUCAUCCUUUCAGGAGCUGAAACAGCGAUUGGAAAGACGUGCAAAGAACGAAUAUGUGGUGACAAACAUGCCUCUUGAUAAAAGGAACCGGCAAGUAGUGGAUGCCUUAGUCGAGACACAGAAAUAUCUAUGUAAAUAG